AUGUUGCAUGGCGGCACGGCAAGCGCGCCGCUGCCGCUGCACCUGCGCUGGCUGGAGCGCGUGCUGCCGCCCGCUGCGACAGGGCCGGCGUUGCGCGCGUUCUUCCAGUCGCUCCCCUCUGAGCUGUGCGGCCUGGGGACCCAGGGGAUUGCCUCACUGCCCGCCUCAGUCACCGAUGAGCUGUGCCCUCUGAAUCACAUUGCCAGGCUGGCAUGGGUGCCUCGGCUCGGCUACGCCGGUCUAACCAACGACGCCAGGAUCGAGAAGGCUGCCAGCAACCCUGUGAACCUCGGCAGUGCGCUUGCGCUGCUGGCGGCCGACAACACCACCGCAGCCACCAGGCUGCAGAAGCGAGUGUGCAAUGUGCUGCUGUACCCUCAGGACGCCUGCAACCUCACAGGCACAGCCAGCGGCGACGCCUUGGGCCCGCUGCACCACCGCCUGGAGGCGUCCUCGCAGAGCGGGCCUGCCGCGGCGGCGCAGUGGGUGGCACGGACGGCCGUGCUCGUCGGGCUUUCGCCCCUUGGGGCGGCGUUUGGCGCUAUGCCGGACGCGCUCUGCCAGGUGCCGCCGGCCAAGCUAGCGAAGAUCCCUCUUCAGAUUCGGUGGCAGCUGUGCCCGUACGACGUGGCUCUGGUGCCGAUCGUCACCCAAUUGUCCAUGGGCCGCGUGCGCAGCGGCGUGCUGCACGCGCGGCUGUGCGAUUUGCUCAAGCGCCCCUCCGAGGCGUGCGAGACCGGACGGUACCACGCGGACAACGCCACAGCGCAGCGCAUCCUGGAAUUCAAGUCCGAGGUCAAGGCGGACGCGGUGGCGGCCAACAUCAAGGGCCUGCGCGCGGCGCUGCCCCGCCUGUCGCAAGUGCCGCUGACGGCCGUGCUGAACGGGACUAUUCGGGCGGCGGCCACCGCCGCCCACCUCGCCAGGGGCAAGAAUGCAACCGCGACGCUCACCAGGGCCUGGUCGCACGAGCUGCAAAAAGCCAACUCGCAGCACCGAUGA